AAAAAAAAAAAAAAAAAAAAAAAAAAAAAAAAAAAAAAAAAAAAAAAGAGAAUGAAAUCUUCAGGUAGAAGAAAGGCUCUACUGCCUCUACAGCCCAGAAACAUCUUCCUAGCCCCAAAAGAGGAGGAGGAUACUUUUGUUAAACCCAAAGCAGACACAGAGGUGAAGAAGAAGAAGGAGAAUCUGAAACUGAAUCUUGACACAGUAAUCGAUGCUUCUCUUGCGGAGGAGCUGAGCGCUUUCAAGAAGAAACUCGAGAGGCUGAGAGAAGAUCGUGAGCGGACUGAGAAGGUUCUCAAGGAGAAGGAUGUAGCCAUGGAUCUUCAGAUGAGCCAUCUUCUACAGAGAGGAGAUACACAGAAAAGCCUUGAAAUCCAAGUCGAUCGUCUCUUCCGAUUGAAGGAGCUCCACGCCUAUUCCUCCCAGAAGAUAUCUCCGAUCCGAUCUUUGAGAGCAAAGGAGCAAGAGAAGAAUAAGAUGAGACGAUUCAGCUCUGAACCGGAAGAACCAAUGGUAGAAGAAGAAGAAGAAGAAGAAGAAGAAGAAGAAGAAGAAGAAGAAGAAAGCUCCGUGAUGAAGAAUCUCGAGACUGAUAUCAUCAUCGCAAAUGAAUGAAAUGCAAAAACAGAAGCAAGCAAAUCUGUGGAGCAAAGGACCACCGAGGAGGAUCAGGCUUCCGCGUUGCACGACGACGAAGAUUGCAAAGGAAGAGUUUUUUUUUUUUUCCCCCUUGUCACUGUUGUUGAAAUCAUCUCCCUGCAGAAGGAUUCAGUGGACUUGGAACUAAGGAGGUCAUUCAAGAGAAGAGGAUUUAGAGAGAGAGAGUUCUUUACCUUUUUUACUUUUGUUGCUGUGUUUCACUUUUUUUUUAACAAAAAAAAAGUCUUGAACCUUUUCACUUUCUUCUUCAUGAUUGAAUCUUGUUAUGCUCUUCUCUGA